AUGUAUCACCUCGCCAAAGGACUCUACCUUUAUGCAACGAGUAAAGAAGAAUACUCCGUUAUUCUUCUAGGUCUCGAUAAUGCCGGCAAAACAACUUUCCACGAACAAGUCAAGUCCAUGUUCCUACCAAACAGGCCCGAUCCGAAGCUCAAGACAGUGCCUACCGUUGGGCAGAACGUCUCAACAAUACCGUUGCAGGAUAUGUACCUCAAGCUAUGGGACGUGGGAGGACAACACUCAUUGCGCAAGCUUUGGGAGAGUUACUACACGAGCUGUCAUGCGAUAAUCUUCAUCAUCGACAGCACAGAUAUCGGCGACGGAAAUAUCGAGCAUGAGGAGAAUCUUGGUAGACUAGAGGAGUGUCGCCUUGUCCUUGAAGACGUUCUACAACACUCUGAGACCGAAGGCGUGCCACUUCUUAUCCUGGCGAACAAGCAAGAUCGCGAGGACUGUGUUGAAACGAUACGCAUCAAGGAAGGCUUGGUCAAGAAGGUCAUGGAGGGAGACAAGGGGUCUGCCGUUCGCGACUCACGAGUGCUGGCCUUGAGCGCCCUGACAGGCGAUGGAGUUCCAGAAGCUAUCGAAUGGGUGAGGACGCGAGUGCAAUGGAACAAGGAAUCUCGGCCGCCUGUUAUGCGGUAA